GUCUGUCAUUAUCUUGUUUAUUCUCAAAUAAUCUAGAAACAGUAAAUACAGAAACCAAUAGAAAGUAAGAACAAGCGUAGUGCUAUUUUUGUUGUGACGUUACUAUCAUAAUUAUUAUUAAAUCGUUGAUAAAAACAAGGCGUUAAGAUUGUGCUCAUAAGAAAUCAAACAGACUCGAAAGAUAUAUAUUUUUUGCAAUUUGAUUUGAUUCGAGAAGAAUUUGUUACGGUGCGGAAAAAGUGACAAUCGCAAAUAACAAUGGCGCCAACAGUUCAGACCUUCAUGAAUUCCUUCGAAAAUCGAUUGGAGCCAGAAGUUCGACAACAUCUUAAAAAUGUCUACGCCUGCCUUACAAUGUCUACAUUGGCAGCCGCCGCAGGAGCUUCAAUACACUUGUUUACAGACAUUUUACAAGCUGGCUUUCUCUCUGCUAUAGGAAGUUUAAUUUGUUUCAUGCUGCUAGUGUCAACUCCAGAUGAAAAUGGAAAGAAACUGCAUCUUAGAAUUGGAUACCUUCUGGGAUUCUCUGCAUUAUCAGGCGUAGGAUUGGGGCCCCUUUUGGAAUUUAUCAUCUAUAUAAAUCCUAGCAUCAUUGUCACUGCACUGACUGCAACAUCUCUGAUAUUUGUCUCAUUCUCAGUUUGUGCAAUGCUAGCAGACCGAGGAAAAUUUCUUUAUUUGGGUGGCACUUUAAUGUCGUUGUUGAGUACCAUGAUGAUUCUGACACUUGCAAACCUUUUCUUCAAUUCAACUCUCUUAUUCCAAGUUCACUUGUACCUUGGCCUCUUGGUUAUGUGUGGAUUUGUACUAUAUGACACCCAACUUAUUAUUGAGAAACGUCGUUUUGGUAGCAAGGAUUUUGUUGCACAUUCCUUGGAUUUGUUUGUGGACUUUAUUGGAAUCUUUCGCAGACUCCUUAUCAUCUUAGCCCAGAAGGAGCAGGAGCCUCAAAGGAAGAAGAGAAACUAAGCAAUAUCAACAAAAAUAUCUUUGUAUACAUAAUAUAAUAACAAACAUGUAUAUGAGUGAGGUUGAGGAUUGUAGGUAUUUGUUUAAUUAAAUUUCUGGUAUUUUAAAAGA